UCUGUCAAACAAAUAAAAAAGUAAAAAGUGAAAACACGUCAACCUUUUUUUAAGAAUUAAUAUUUUUAAAUUGUUGUUAUACUAGAAAUACAAGUUUUUCAAAAUAGUGGAAAAUGUUGAGGUACCGAGGAAAAAAGAAGGUGCUGGAUAAAGUGAAAGAGCUGGACGCUUUCCCUAAAGUUCCAGAAGAAUACGUGGACAGCACACCGGUUGGUGGAACAUUUUCUGUUAUCACAUUUUUUAUUAUCCUCUGGCUGAUAUACAGUGAAGUAACUUAUUAUUUAGAUAGUAACUUAGUGUUCAAGUUUAUGCCUGAUACUGAUAUGGACGAGAAAUUGAGAAUUAACAUAGAUUUGACUGUUGCAAUGCCGUGCUCUAACAUUGGCGCCGAUAUUUUGGACUCUACUUCACAAAGUGUUUUUGGGUUUGGUGAACUGCAAGAGGAAGAUACGUGGUUUGAACUGACGCAGGAUCAACAGGAUGCCUUCGAGGCUGUGAAGUACUUGAACUCGUAUUUACGAGAAGAAUAUCAUUCUAUUUGGCAGUUACUUUGGAAAAAGGGUCAUGGUUCAGUGAGAGCGACUAUACCGCCGCGGAAAAACAAACCUAAUAGAAGACCAGACGCUUGCCGACUACAUGGAGUCCUAACAUUGAAUAAAGUGUCUGGAAACUUCCACAUAACUGCGGGGAAAAGUCUGCACUUGCCAAGGGGUCACAUUCAUUUGAAUAUGUUGUUUGAUGACACGCCACAGAACUUUAGUCACCGUAUACACAGACUUAGUUUUGGGAAUCCUGCUAACGGCAUCAUAUACCCUUUAGAAGGCGAUGAGAAAGUUACUAAAGAGGAGAGCAUGUUGUACCAAUAUAUUGUAGAAGUUGUUCCUACUGACGUUGACACUACGUUUGAGUCAACAAAGACGUACCAGUACUCUGUUAAAGAGCUAGAAAGGCCAAUAAGUCAUUCUAAAGGUUCACACGGAGUGCCCGGUAUAUUCUUCAAAUACGACAUGGCUGCAUUAAAAGUCAAAGUUUAUCAAGAACGGGAAAAUAUACUGACAUUUACAUUAAGACUGUUCGCCGUUAUAGGUGGUAUAUACAUUAUCAUAAGUUUUAUUAAUACUAUAGUUUUAACUGUUAGGACUGCAAUAUUAAAGAAAACCGCACCAAACGUGUUAUCGCAACGGCACAUGUAUGAUAAGCCUAGACCAGUGCAAAUUAAUCCUUUACUUGUUACGCCAGAUUUAAGUGUUCCUGUGGACUUAAUCAAACAAUGAUAAUUAAUAAGUUUAGUUAUAAGGUAGAUCUACAGAAUCUUUGUAUAUUUGAGAUUGUAGUGUUGUAUUUAUAAGAAUAAGUAUUUGUUGAUGAUUGUCUUAAAUAAGAAUCAGUUAUUUUAAAUGCACAACUAUUGCAUUACUUAAUUACUUAUAUAUUUUUAUGCUUGUGUAUUCUUUUCUAUGAAUUUGAUUUAUAUGAAUCUUUGAAGAGUGGGACAUUUCUAUUGUUAUUACUUAAGUAGAUAUAUUUAUUUAUUAAAAUCAUCUUCCAUGACUGCCUGAGUAUUUAUGUAAAUCUGGUUUUGGCUAAUGAGAAACAUGUAAACGUAAAGAAAUACACUAUUUAUUUAUGCUUAAAUACUGGCUGAUGGAAUUUAACCUGAAGCCAUUAUGUCGAAUCAUAUUUUAUUUAAAAAAGAACUGUUUUUUUUGUGUGGAAUAUAAAUGUGAUAUUUAAUUAAUUAUUUUGAAUUUUAGUUUUGUCUCCUUCCUGAAAUAUUGAUUUAUAUUCUUUUAUUAUUUAUCAAGGUAGUUUCAACCCCUGGCUUGUCUUGAAUCUUAUUUUAUUUAUUUAAUUUCAUUAUAAUAUUCAUUUUACUCUUGUACAAACUGAAUUAUCUAAUACCUACUUAAAUAGGUAACUGUGAAACUUGUAUCAAUUAGUGUGGUGAGAUAUUUAACAGUAUUUUUAUACAUUUAUACCUACAUUCAAUAGAUCUUUUUACCUACCUA